AACCUAAUCUAACCUUACCUGACUCGAGUCGUAUAAACUUCGCGCCAGUUUUCCGUUGUGAUUCUACAUAUUUUGAUUGACUUGAUCUUUGUUGAUUUUUGAAAUCUGUAAUAAUAACUGAAAAAGUCCAAGUUGUACAUGUAUAACCUUAUAUAUACAUAUACACAUUCGUGUUAAAAAUAUUACAAUGGGUGAUGUGUCGGAUUUACUCGAUUUAUUACCAGUUUAUUAUUCAAGAUUGUUUCCAUUUGCUGAUUAUCAUAGGUGGUUAAGUUAUGGAAAUGCGGCUAUGUUUAGCAAGAGAGAAUUCUCUUUCACACUUUCAGAUGAUAUUUAUAUACGUUAUCAGUCUUUCAAUGAUCAGAAGGGACUAUCAGACGAAAUUAAGAGAUUACUACCGCAUAAAAUUGAUAUAGGGGCAGUUUAUAAUGUCCAACCAAAAGAUCAAAGAAGAGGUUCUAAUUUUCAGCCAAUAGAGAGAGAAUUAGUAUUUGACAUAGAUAUGACUGAUUAUGAUGAAGUAAGAACAUGUUGUAAAGGAGCAGAUAUUUGUAGCAAAUGUUGGAAAUUCAUGUCGCUUGCUUGCAAGAUAUUGGAUAGUGCAUUGAGGUUGGACUUUGGAUAUAAACAUAUUUUGUGGGUUUUCUCUGGCAGAAGAGGUAUUCAUUGUUGGGUAUGUGACUCCACAGCUCGUACUUUGUCAGGACAAGUACGAGCGGCGGUUGCUGAAUAUUUGCAGCUUAUAGACGGAGGAGAAUUUAUGAAAAAGAAAGUACAUCUUGGAGGUGAUAAAAUUCACCAUUCCAUUAAGCGUGCUCUUGAUAUUAUUGAUCCUAUCUUUAUUGAAAUGUGCAUUAAAGAGCAGAAUAUAUUGGGUACGGAAGAAGGAAUUGAGAAGUUUCUCCCAAUAUUGCCUAAUGAAGAAGAUAGGCAAGAAAUGAAGGCGUUAUUCAACAGAGAGAGUACCAGUGAAGCAAGAUGGCAGGCAUUCGUACAAUAUAUCGAAUCUAAACGAACCGAGGGAGACCGAAAAUGGUACUUAUAUCGUCACUUAAUAGAGGAAGUAAAAUUACAGUAUUCGUAUCCAAGAUUAGACAUAAAUGUGAGCAAAGGCUUAAAUCAUUUACUAAAAUCUCCUUUUUGCGUUCAUCCGAAAACUGGCAAAAUCUGUAUACCGUUCAAUGCAAAUGUGGUGGAUAAAUUUGAUCUUGACAAAGUUCCUACAAUAAUGACGUUGAUAGAGGAGAUCAACGCGUACGACAUACGGGACAAAGCCGAAGAAGAAACAUACGACUUAAAUAAAAAACGAAUAAAAGAUUAUAAGAAAACAAGUCUGAAUAAAUCACUGCAUGUUUUCCAAGAAUUUUUAAGACACUUGGAAGCUGAGCGGCGGGAACAGAGAUUAAAAGGAAAACUUUCAGCUGACAGCAUGGAAUUUUAAGAGAUCUUAACAAUGAUAAUAUUUUCUCUCUUUUUCUCUCUCCCAUCUUUCCCCCUCUUUCUUAUCAUACAUUCGAUAUAAUAAUAUUAUUUAUAAGAUUAAAAUGUACUUUUGUAAAAAUGAAAAAAGAAAAGAAUAUCUUUUAUCUCCGAGUUUUGUUUUUGCUUUUACAUAUAUAUAGUCUUUCGUGAUAAGUUACUACACGUAAGUAGGGCUGUUAGAGGGGCAAAAAGGGGCACAUCGGAAUCUCGGUGGCGAUCGAACAAAAAUCGUGACUUUCGAAUUUUUCCAGCGAAACCGAAACGCGCUCUUUAAAAUCGCUUUGAGAGGCGCGUUAACGAGAUCUCUCUGAUUGUGAAGCGUCUCUACUCCACUUUUUGGAUCAACGAGAUGAGAGAUUCCGGACAUGCGGACAAAAGUAACUCACUCUUUCGCGUAAAUUAUCGUGAAAUUCCUGGCGGUAUUACGUUCCCGUUAAAUCGGAUGUACGAGUUAUAUUAACCAAUAAAUACAAGAGAGUUGAAUUAAUCACUUUAACUUUUUCGGUUCUCGUAAAGGCGUGUUUAACCAUGUUGUUUUUUGAUUGUGUCGAGAUUAUGCGCCAUUUAUUUCUGUCGUUUUAAUAUGAAAAUCGCUAAGAAAGAACGGAAUAAAAAAUAGUGAGAUCUCCGUUCAUUCGUCGCGAGAAGAAAUAAUUAAACGCGAAAAAUAAUAUUUAAUAAUGACAUGAUAUAUUUAAAUAAUUGUUUAAAUUUAUCUUUAUUUUUAUUUUUAGCAAAAUUUGAUACAUUUUUACUAUUUUUUGGUAAUUUUAUAGCCAUUUGUAUAAUAUUUUGAUCGAACACAUUCGCUUGUGCGACAAUCAAUAUAUACACACAUGCAUGCACGUGCGCAUUCAGAUAUGCGCUUUUUUUAUUGGCCUAAUUAGAUCAACGUAAAAUUUUAUAAACACACUUUGUAUUCAUAGACUGAUUAUGAGACCUUGGCCCAUUUCAUGGUCGAAAUAUAGCCGUAAAUAAAAAACCGACGCAUCGCGGGGGCUUUCGUGCUACUUUUGUCUAUCAGCAGAAUAAAACGUAUAAUUAAUUCUUACGAUAUUUGAGCACGAUCAAUAUUUAUAACGGCGAUUUGCUUCUGCUUAUUCAUCGUCGCGUGGAAUCUACAACAAACUCGUACAUACGUGCGUGCAAAAAAAAAAAAAAAAA